GUGACCACAACGUGUCGCUGUUUUACCGUUAAACGGUUGGUUUAAGAUAUCUCUCUGUGUGCUGGUCUUGAAACGAAGCGUUAUUGAGUGGAAACUUUUCUCUUCAUUAACAUCAUAUUUUUAGACGUGGACGUCUGACUUCUAAUUCUUCAUUUUUUUAAACAUUCUGGAUCAUAAGAAAAAAAACAACAGACAUUUAUGAUUCUUAAUCAUAAAUGUCUAAUCGGUAAAAGACCCGAGAGAAGAACUGAGUGUGUUUGUGUGUGUGUGAGAUCCUCUAUGAUAGCAUGUUGCGACCUGUGAAGAAGGACCGGAAUAUUACUAAUCUCCCAAAGUGCUUCAGUCCAGCUGCAGCGUUGCACACCAAGGGCAGCUUCCAUCCACAGGUGGAAGAGUUCUGUCAGGUGCAUAGAGCAGACACAGUGAACUUUAAUAUCGCCAAAGUCAUUGUGGUGGGAGACGUUUCUGUUGGAAAAACAUGUCUUAUUAACAGUUUUUGUAAAGGUGAUUUUGAUAAGAACUACAAAGCGACGAUAGGCGUGGACUUUGAGAUGGAGCGUUUUGAAGUGUUGGGCGUUCCCUUCAGUCUGCAGUUGUGGGACACAGCAGGUCAGGAACGAUUCAAAUGCAUCGCUUCCACUUAUUACAGAGGAGCACAAGCCAUCAUGGUGGUGUUUGACCUGAGCAGUGUGACCUCACUGACCCAUGCCAGGCAGUGGUUAGAGGACGCUAUGCAGGACAAUGACCCGUCCAGUGUUUUACUCUUCCUAGUUGGUACCAAGAAGGAUUUAAGUUCUCCUGAGCAGUUGGCUCAGAUCGAGGAGGAAGCCAUCAGACUCUCAGAGGAAAUCAGAGCAGAAUACUGGGCUGUGUCUGCAAAGUCAGGGGACGGUAUCAGGGAUUUCUUCUUCCGUGUGGCCUCCCUGACAUUUGAGGCUACUAUUUUGUCUGAGAUUGAGAAGACCGGUUUGAGGAAAGCACAGGACAUCAUCAGUGAGUCAUCUACCGUUUGUGUAUUUUUGUUCUGUCAUUGUAGCAUAUAAUUCUGGGAUAUUCGAAUUGGAAUUGAAUUGGGGAAAGCCAGACGAAUGAAAUAAUUCUGUUUGUUUUGUAUUUGUGUCGAGCACAGGAAUCACAGACAACACUGAGGGCAACAGUCAUCCAGGCAGGAGGAAAUCCAACUGCUGCUGAAGAGAAAAGGGCCGAAGCUGCAGACGGAACCGUUAAGAUGACGACGUGACUUCAGUCUGAUCAUCACAGACUCCAAGAACUGAGCACAAACAAAGACAUUUGCUCCAUAAACUGCAAAAAUAUUGGAUUAUUGUCACCCGUAGAUAUGAUCACUCUGUCUGUAGGUUUAACAUUUGUGAAGUUGGUCAGAACCUCAAGACUAAAUCCUAAAAUUAUGACUUUUUCUUCUUUAGAUUUGUCAUUUUACUACAUUUGUUUAAAGACAACUGUGAGUAUUUUCCCCGUCCAGUGAAUAAAGUGACCAUUUUUGUUUUCCUCACUCGACUCCUGUCAUGUGACCUUGCUGCUAAUGUGGUGCGUACGCCGGCUCCCAUGACCACAACACUUUAGACAAGAUUCUCAUGAUCUUCACAAA